AUGACCACUGUCGUUACCCCACAUGUUUUUCAAAGAGCUGUCGGUGACACUUCGAUCAUUGGUACCUUGGUCAUGGAAAGGGAUGUGUCCGCUUCCAGUGUUUCCGGUAGUACUAGUUCUGGUGUAAAGUCCACCGAAUCCACAAGUACCGGCUCAAAGGCUAGUACCUCUGCUACCGCUGCCACCACCGGCAGUACCAGCAGUACCAGCAGUGGUGCCGCCUCCACCUCAAGUGGUGCUGCUGCCGGUAUGGCCGUUGCCAACCCAGUCUCCUGGAAGUUCGGAGCUGUUUUGGGAGCUGUUGCUUUCGGCUUCUUCGGUCUAAGUUUGUGA